AUGCCAAUUCAACGUAUACCAUCUGAAUUAACCAAUCAUACACCGACACCAUCAACUCCGCUGACCAAUGGGAUUGAAUGUAAAGUAUUGAUCGGCAUCACUGUACCAACACGUAAUUGGAAAGAUUUAUUCGGUUUAUUAACUAUCAAAGGUUUAAGUGCUGGUUAUGGAAUGGGCAGUUGUAAUUGGAUUAUUACAUCAAGUACAGAAAAAGUAGCUUAUAUUUCACAUACAUCAUUGUUACAUUCUCAUGUUUUGCCUUUCGAUGAUAGUACAUUUGAAGAUACGGAUAUUUUAAUCAUUGGCACUAUCAAUAUGUAUGCAAGUAAUCAAUUAGAAAAGACUGUUGAAGAAUUUUGUCAUAUUGUUGUACAAACUUUAGCUCGUGGUGGCAAUGUCCUAGUACCAUCAAAUCCAUCCGGUAUUAUAUUUGAUUUACUUGAAACAGCUAUUCAUGCUAAAGAAAAUUUUAAUGGUACAAUUUUACCAUUAAUUAUUAUGCAUCCUCAUCAUACAAUAUUGGAAAAUAAUUCAGAUCAUCAUGAAAAUACUACUCAUGGGAUUGGAAGUAGUAUAAGUACUACCACUACUACUACUACUACUGCUACUAGUAGUAGUAAUCCUACAUUGUCAAGAAAUUCUAUCAAUGCAACUACACCAAUAGAAAUUGAUUUAACAAGUGAUCGUGGUACACCGGUACCUGCAACCACAAACACAACUACAACCACGACUACAAAUACGCCUACAAUAAUAGCACAACAGACAACUAUUGGUUUAUCAUCAUCCUCAUCAUUGUCAACAUCCAAUCAAGUAGCACGUUCACCAGUAUUUUUUAUAUCCAAUCAAGUUCAUGUUAGUUUAGCUUAUUCCAAUGCUUAUGGGGAAUGGUUGAAUUCAAUGAAAGAAUCUGUAUUGUAUACAGCGGAUGCACCAUUUCCUUUUCAAUCUCUCCUGCAAUGUGGUAAAUUAGUUGCAUUAAAAAGUUUACAUGAUUCUACAUUCAAUAAGAAAUUCUUAUCCAAUUCAUCAUCAUUAUCAUCUACAGUUGGAAGAUAUUCAAGUCAACUAUCAUUAAUAACAUCACCAUUAUUAUUAGUAGGUACUACUGGCCAGUCUACUACGACAUCUACUACUACUACUACUACUACAGGUGGUGGUUAUUUUGAUACAACUAGCAACAACCAUACAAAUCAUGUGUCCAAUUCAGUUACCUCUACCACUGCGGAAACUUUUGAUACUGCACUAUUUGCUUUGAAUAAUAAUAGUACGUCGAUUCGACAUACUGGUAGUAGUACUAGUAGUAGUGCUAAUCAUAAUCAUAAUGUCAGUGGUGGUAUUUGGCCUAAUUCAUCAUGUUUAAUAUUUGCUAGUCAUCCAAGUUUGAGAUUAGGACCAGCUGUCCAUUUGACACGUGUUUUAGCACAUGGUGGUUUACGUUCCGGUGGUAGUAUUGGACGUACAAGUAAUCCUUCGCAUAAUUCAAUUAUUUUAAUUGAAUCUGGUGAUUAUGUACCAUUAUUUGAAUACAAUUCCAAAUGUUUAUGCAGUCCAGAAUUACAUCUUCGGCGAAUCAUUUCACCAUUUCUUCAACCUAACCAAACAUUCACUAAUCAUCCCGUGUCCUAUUCACAAUUAGGUACACCAUCUUUAUCAAUCAGCGAUACAGCCACAGUGUAUUGGUUACCAAUGGAAGCGCGUAUAGGUGUACAACAAAUAGAUCAAUUAGUGAAACGUUGUGGUGAACCACGGCUAGCAUUAAUAUUACCACAAGAAAUUUAUGAUAAAUCAUUUGAUUGGUUAAAUAUCCCAUCAAAAUUAGAACCAUUCAAUACAAAACUCCAUACAUUAUCAUAUAAUCAACAAUUGUGUAUUCCUUUACCGGAGACACGUUUAGAACAAGUCUAUUUAUCAAGUAAAUUAAUACCAACGAUUAAACCUAUUUGUAUUAAAUUACAAAGUAAUAAUAAUAAUACAACGGAAUUGAAUAUUGAAAAUAUUGAUCAUAAACACAGCAGUCAUGAUGUGGAUUCACAUCAGUCAAUUAAUAAAUAUGAUGUAAAACGUAAACUAUCUACUCCUGCUACUUCUGGUACUCCUGAUUUGAAUAAAGAACAUCAUGAACAGAAAUCACUGAUACAAUCUGAUAGUGAAGUCAAUGCAAGUCAUAACAAACGUAAAUGUAUUGCUUUAAUCAAUGGAAUAUUAACUACAAGAGAUGGUAAACAUUGGUUAACUGGUAAACAUGAAAAACUCGAGCCAGAUAUUAUUCAACCUGUUAAAGAUAUCACUACUAUACGACCUAUAACACCUCCAAUUACAACAAAUACUUCCACUCCUUCUACAACAUCAACAAUUGCAACCACAAACACAUUGGAUAACACUCAUGAUCAAUCUAAAGAUCUUGUACAAAAAUUCAAUCAGUUCGAUUCUGAAAAUCGUAUAUUAGUUUGUUGUGAUGAAUCAAGCCGGAUAAAUCCAAAUGCAUUAAUAAAAAAAUUAACUGAACGUGGUGUUACAGGUGCUUAUUUAGCAGAUUCACAUACUGCACAUCAAGUGUAUUCUCGAUUCGCUGUAUAUAAUACUCAUAAUAAACGCUCAAGUUCUAUACAAAAUGAAGAAGUCAUUCUAUUUCCAAAUCCAAAUACAAUGAUUUGUUUGCAUGAUCAUGGUAGUCAUAUCAUUUGUAUGGAUGAAAGUACACGUACUGCAAUCAGAGAUACUUUAUUGUUAUUUGUACAGAACAUAGAUACUUAUUCAGUUGUGUAAUUAUUUUAAAUAUAUAUAUAAAACUGUUC